CGCGUGUUGAUAAGCUUCACUUAGAGAGUGGUAACAAGAUCAUCAUGCCUCAAUCCGCCCUUCACCGACUUGAAUACACCAAUGUCAAAUACCCUUUGGAAUUUGAGUGAUCUAAUCUUCGUUCAGGUAAAAUCACUCACUGUGGUGUUCUCGAGUUCACUGCCGAGGACGGUUUCAUAUACGUGCCUACUUGGAUGAUGGAAGUUAUGAAGAUUCAAGAAUAUGAUUCAAUAAAACUCAAGAAUGUAAGUUUAAUGAAAGCAGAGCACAUGAAGUUGCAGCCACACACUCAGGAUUUCUUGAAACUCUCGAAUCCAAAAGCUCUCCUCGAAACAAGUCUAAGAAACUUUUCUUGUUUAACCACUGGAGACACCAUCAUGAUCAUGCAUGACAACAAGAAGCUCUACAUUAAUAUACUGGAAACAAAGCCUUCUCCUGCUGUAUGUAUGAUCGAUACAGACUGUGAGGUCGAUUUUGCGCCGCCUUUGGACUAUGAAGAACCCAGAAAACCGGUGAAGAAGGUACUUGAGCCUUCUAAAGUUCCAGUUAAGCAGCAGGCGAUUGUUAAGGAAGAAGAAAAGGUUAAGGCUUUCAUACCAUUCAGUGGUAAAGCAAGGCGCUUGGAUGGGAUGCCAAGAUCGGGGCAGAAUGAGAAGGAGUUGCUUGCAGCAGAAGGCAAAGGCAAAAGUACAUGUGCAGAGGCGCCUGAGCCUCGUAAGGCUGGAGGAAAACUUGUAUUUGAUUCCAGGUCUGGGAAAGAAAAAGCUGAAGCGUCAGUGAAAGAGGAUACCAAACGAGAAGAAACAGUCAAGAGCACAGAGAAGUUCCAAUCAUUUACCGGGAAAAGUUUCAGGCUAACGCGUUGAUUGCUUAGCUUAGUUUUUUUCAUCAUUAAUUAC